GUCUGAGUUUUUCUCAUUGCUCGUUCGGGUAAAGUCACAAUUGUUCGUGGUCUGCGUCGAUAAUAGUUAUUGGCAGCGAAUGAACCUGUUGUGCGUUUGUAAUGCCCGUGAUACGUGUUUUUGAUUAGUAAAAUAAAAGAAAAAUGCAUUGAAAGUGUGCGUAAAUUAUGUUUGAGUUAUUGUAGUGAACAUGCAAAUUGUGAAUUUUUCAAUAUAUGGUGCAAUGUAAAAUCCGAGUAGCGGGGAAAAACAAAGCAAAUGAAAAGUGUGAGAGUGAGUUCGAUUAAUCGGGGAAAAAUAAGUUGCAGCAUCUUGGCAACAAUAACAAAUACAACGAGCACAAAAACAACAAUACAAAUCUCGUACGAAACAAUUCGUUAACGUCAAUAACAACAACAAUAAGUUAGCAACAUGCGCAUAAAUGGCAAAACAUCAGCAAGUUAAUCCAGCAAAGUUGUGAAUUGAAUGUGUAAAAAUAUACCUACAAAAGUAAGAAAAAAGUUCCAAUAAAAAUAGGUAUUAAAUAAUAAACAAAUGCAAAGGAUUGUCGUCAAUUCAAAUGAGUUUUACCUAUAAAUACAUAUGUAUAUGUAUAUGAUAUUACAUUUUGUCAAUAAAAAUAAUUCUUUAUAAAUGAGUUCAUAAAUAAAUUAUGAAACAACUAUUCUGCAUUGAAAAUAACAACAUGCCACAAAAACCAGAGCAAAGUUUGAAAACAGCGUAUACGAGUACAAGUACCCAUUCAAUCGGUUGGCGAGCACUAAUGUUGGGUUUCUGCGUCAUACUUCUGCACGCGACCGUUGCAGUGUCAGUGGAGGCGACUACAAUAGGAAUAGCGGCAGUGACGACAACAACAGCGGCAAUGCUGACGACAAUGCCGGGAACAACGGCGUUAAAGCCAACCAACGAUGUUGUACGACGCAGCAUAAGAGUGGGAUAUGGCGGUACCGCCACUAUAUUGUGCAAAACAUCCAAACGUUCCAAUACUUACUUUUAUGACGUGACUAAAAAACAAAUUCUGCAGUCAAUAAAUAUCGAUAAUGAGCUUCUAAAACCUUAUGCGAUAUUAGUCUUGCAUCGAGUCCACCAAGCGUCAACCUAUCAGUGCUUGCAAAAUGCAACUCUGUUAAGUGAAACGAUAUUGGCAGUAGAUAGCUCAACACAGACGGUACGCAUUGAAAUGGGAAACGGUGAUGAUGUUGCGCUAACAUGCAAACACGAUGACGACCAACAAGUUUAUUUUCAAAGGCAAACGUGGAAAGACUUCGACAGUACUGGUAGCAGCGAGAACGUAUUUACUGAUAUUGUGCCAAUUGAUAACAGGAUGAGUAUCCUUUUGAUAAGCAACGCAACGUCACAAUUCUCCACAUUCAGCUGUACGUAUCUGAAUAAUAAACACAUCGAUGAAUCGGAGUUAUAUGUGGGUACUCCCCCCACACCAGUGAAGAAUUUUACCUGCAGGGGUCACAACUAUCGCAGCAUGACUUGUGAAUUUCCUAUACCACCAAACAACAUACUACCAAAAUAUAAUUUAACCUACUUGGUGGAUUUUCAGAGAGAUUUAAAAAAUUGUGAUCUAAAAUUUACUACUGAAAAAGGUAUUUUGGUCCUUAAUACCACUUUUUAUGCAAGCAAGUGUCCCUACUACCCCACCGGAGAUAUCUACAAAUUCAAUUUGUUUACGAACAACGUACUGGGAAAUUUUUCAGAGGACUUUUCAAUUAACAAUCAUGAGUGUGUGAUACCGCCAAAAUUGAAUAUUUAUUCAAAAGAUAUAACUUCUAACAGCGUCAGUUUGUUUUGGACCGAUUAUCAGAAGCACUACUACAGACUAGGCGUUCUAUAUGAUAUCUUUGUUAAACCUAUUUAUAUCGAUGGGUAUUCUGUAACUACUCCCUGCCGCGGUUUAGAAUGUAAUAUGAUACUCAAAAACCUCACCUAUGCGAAUUGGAAUUAUACAUUGACUGUGCGUGCACGUGUCAAUGCCACAACUUCUACCUGGAAUGAGCCAAGCAUUGUUACCUUCUUAACCAAUCAGAGAAUACCCGAUCGUGCGCCAAAAACAAUUGUCGGUGGCUUUUAUAUUCACUACAAUUCAGCUGAGAAAGAAAUAAGCCUAUACUGGGAAGAGUUGGCGCAGUAUGAAGAAAAUGGGCAUGGUUUUCAUUAUAGUAUCCAAGAGUUGGAUUUGAAUGGAAAAGUGUUAAACUGGAAAACAACUAAAGAAACAUCAGUCGUCUUCUCUUGGUUGGAUCAGCCUAGAGUUUAUGAAGUGCGCGCUGUAAAUGCAUUGGGUGCAUCGCAAGCUGUGAGCAGAAUACGAGUUGACGUACCCAGAACAGCAAAUGCACCACAAAGAAUCGAGCAGCUAUUACAUAGUAAUGGUUCACUUGUAUUAACAUGGCAGCAUCCUGCUGACUUUAAGCAGCAGCCGCCAAGCAAUUACACUGUAUUUUGGUGCCAAGAAAAGUUGCUGUCGCUGACGAUGUGUAAGGGUUCAAUGCAUUUCAAGGUGGUCGAUAACAAAACAACAGAAUUCAGUAUAGACUCAGAGGAUCGCACACUUAUAAUGGCUGUUGCAGCUAAUUAUCCAAACUGGAGUACUGGAUUGCACUGGAAGACAUGCUAUGGUGCAUUAGGUGGCAGUUUAGAGACAGUAAUACCCGAAGCUGUAGCCACAUCGGCGACGAAUAUAGCUUUAAGGUGGCGUUUGGAAAAAACUUGUAUUAAGGCGUUUAAAGGCUACAACAUUACCUAUUGCGAAGUUCAAACUAUAAAGCAAGCGCAUUGUGAUUCUAUGAACACACAUGUUACAUUGGAGAGCCCGGGAAUUAAACAAAUCAAUUUAACAAACUUGAAAGCAUAUUCCUUGUACCGCAUCACAAUGCUUUUGUAUGCAGAAGGCGAGCGGAGGAGUCAACCCAGUGAAUUUAUAUUUUGUCGCACAAAGGACGCAGCGCCCGAUCCACCAACAAACGUGCGCUUUGAAAAAGCCUCAAUAACAAGCAAUUCGGUAAAUAUUUUAUGGGAUGCGCCGAAAGUAACCAAUGGAAUGCUUAAAAAAUAUACUGUUUGGCGAAACAGUAAAAACUACACCACAAACAUAGAUAUUCCUGUGUGGAACCUCACCGAAUAUGGUGGCACGAACAUCUCAUAUAAACUGGAAGGUCUCAGCAGCUAUUCUACCUACGAGGUGUGGGUAACAGCGUGGACAUCAGAAGAAUCAAAUCAAAGUGCAUCAUUGGAAAUCAAUACUUUAAUUGGGAGACCAUCAGCACCACGCGAUGUGGAGCUCAGCAGAAAUGGCAGUUAUUAUAUGUUCAAGUGGACUGAUCCCGAAAUGCCAUCCGGGCGUGUAGAACUAUACGAGCUGAAAUUCUUUGAAGGCGAUAAAGAAACGGUGUCAUUAGUUCAGCGCGGCUCAAAAUUGACACACCAAUGCCGGCUGAAAUAUCCCGGUUGCACUGAUGCAGUACAAAAAAUGGAAGUCCGUGCUAUAAAUGUGGUGCGAGAGGAGGAAUUGGAUAAAACUGCAUUUCCCAUUAAGGGGAAGAUAGUGCGACGACGGCGCUACAGCAAUCCUGCGAUCAGUACAAGUGCCAUACAUAUCCAAACAACAACGAGCGCAGAAAAAAACAAUAACGAUGCCGUACUGCAUGAAAUCGUUUUCCACCAAAACGAUGAUGACGCUAUGGGUGGAUAUCACGAACGUCAGCAUUUUGAUUGUGAACUAUUAGAUGAAGAUAUCACAACAAAAUUUCCCAGUACCGCUGGUGUGAGAUGGCUCAUGUCAGCACCAGGCUCUUCGGGUUUAUUCAAUUGUGAAACGUUUCCCUAUGCCAUAUUGGUGGCUUCAUUGAUUUUUGUAGGCAUGUUCAUUGCUACAAUCUCAUGGUCCUACAAUUUUGUGCAUCGUCAAUUGGGUGUUCGUGUCAAAUUCCCCGAUCCAGUUAACGAUCUGAUAAUCAUCAGUACAAAAAUACCAGACAAGUUGGCGGAUAAUAAGCAUGAGGAUAAUUUAUGCGAUCGGUCUAUGAAUUUUGACGCUUUCAGACCAUCCAAAGAAGCAGCAUAUUUGCUCAAGUACGGCACUACCUUGACGCCUAGUAGCAGUGAAAGUGGUGUACAUGGUGUUGGUGGGGCGGAUAGUGUUAGUCGUAGUAGUAGUCGUGAAGAUGUGGACGACGAAUGCUUUGCACAAUGUGUGCCAAAGGAUGAACCUACGUCGUCCGCGAGCACAACCACUUUGAAUGACACGAGUCUCUCGUCGCAUCAAAAUUCGCCAUUGCAACGGAGAAGUGAACAAAUUCAAGCGCCAACAAGAAAUGAUGGUUAUUUAUGUAUCGAACAAAUAACCGGCACUAAACCACAAAUGAACGAUGACAGUUGUUCUUCCAGCGAUUCGUCAUAUUUGCCAUUGCAUUCAAUUGCGCCGAAAAGUCCACCAAAUACAGCGUUGACGGCGAGUGAUGCCGCAAAUGUUGAAAAUACCAUUGCUACUAGCCACACAAUUUCAGCACCAGCAAAUUGUAUAUCGACGACCGCCACGCCGCCGCCUACAACUGCGGUAUCUACAGGUGCAGCAAAUGCUGCCAUUUUUAGCAAUUACUUACCACAUAACUUUCUGCAAGUAAACACUACUCAACCACAACCGAAUCUUUUUACAAAUUUUGCGCUCGCAACGGGCGACUAUGUGCUACCCGAUGUGCUGCCUAAGAUUGCAGCAUCACAUACUGCAACCAAAAAAGAAGAAAAUGAAGCUCCUCAAAAGCCAUUGCAGCAGCAAAUAAAUCCCAUAGUUUCUUACGGUUAUGUCACAUCUGAUUUUUGGUCAAAACAAAAUACAAUGCAAUGAAUUUAA